CAAGGAUCAUCAUCAUCUCCAGCGACACCGCACCUGUGUAUAAUAGUACAGCCAUCUCAUCCUAUGGUACUUUUAUCUUCAAACCGUGUAAUCGCCUAGGCAUAUUGUCAUGCUGGCCCCUUCCAGAAACCACAGAGCAGAGGCAAAGUUUAACGUCGCCACUGAGUUCCCACAUCUAGGACUUCAUUCAGCUGCUGCAUCAGGCGACAUCGGACUGGUUCAGUUUGCUCUCAAUCAUGGUCAACCAGUAAACUCUGUUUUAGACGGCGUUCUGCCUUUACACGCUGCUUGUGCAGGUGGUAAUGAUCUCGUAGUCAAUCUUCUCAUCCAACACGGAGCAGACGUCAAUGCAUCAAGACUUCCUCGCAGAUAUUCUGAUCGCAGCCGUGAUUCUGCCGCUCCUAUAGUUGGUACUUCUGGUGCAACCCCACUUCACUUCGCUGCUGCAAACGGUCACGCAAGCGUCGUUCGCACCCUUCUUAUGCAUGGUGCCCAUCCUAAUCGUCCAGAUAAGCACGGUAUCACCCCUGAGAUUAUUGCCCGUCAGAAUGGUUGGGUUGAGUGCGCUGAUAUCCUCGCAAGCGAGAUGCUUGCACGUGCGCGCGGUGACAAUACACCUGAUAGCGACAGUCACUCCUCUAGGGAGCGACCCCAUCCUUGUGUCGAGCACGUUGAGUCUUCCCUCAGGAAGAAACUCCAUUUCAAGCGCUCUAUCGACCAUGCUCUCACCGCACUCAAGUCCGCAAGCGCCACCCCUGAUAUCGAUCAAAAACCACUCUUUGUGCGCUCAGGCUCCUCUGAACAAGAUGUCACGCAACCUCAAGGCUCGCCUUCGUCUGGUCGCCGCCCAUCUUUACCUCAUAUCUACGACGAACCACCCCAGCGCCCCCCGCUCCCAAAAGCUUCACGUCGUCCCAGAUCGGCAGGCACAGGCGCCGAGGCUGCCCCGCCCCGCAAACUGAACUCAAAGCUGUCACUCCUCAGCUUGUUCAAGAAAUCAAAUGUAGAUACUUCUUCGUCAAGUGUUACCUCUGUCUCGGAGCCCCCGAUCAAUUCCCCCUCUUCUUCAUCACCCGUCCCUGUCUCUGGGACAGCAUCGCCUGCGUCACCUGCGGCAAUAAUAUCUUCCCCGCGCGUCUUCCCCACACCACUUUCAUCAUCUCCGCAGGAGACACCCACGCAUGACCUCCACCGCCGCAGGCCAGAAACCAAUUCCACACGCACUUCCCCCGAUCCAAAUCCAUGGCAUCGUUCCAUCAGUUCCUCGUCCACACCUGGCGAAGAAACGCUUCCCGAGCCAACAGCCCCUGUGAGACCGGGCAUACUGCGCAUGCACACACGCUCAACUUCAGGCCAUGGCUCCCAGCAAUCCUCCUUGUCUCGUAUCAUCCGCUUUGAAAACUCUUCCUCUAGCUCCUCCCUUACCGCGCGCGCGCGCAGCCCACCCUCACGUGGGAGCGUUCCACAUGACAGCCGCCUGCGUGCCCUCAGCAUGGGCUCCUCAGCAGGUGCCCCGGACACCGAUCGUAUACCAGACACAAUCGAGGAAUCUCCACGAAUCCCCCAGUCCCCCCCUCCCAUCCUUGUCAACGCCAUCGACCUCGAUGACCUCGAAGACGAAGAAGAAUACGGCGUACCUAUCAUCCACUCUCCAUCCAUGCCAAAUAUGAUGCUCACCCCCGACCGCGCAGUGACAAUGCCUGCUCAAUUCCCAUUCAGCAUCAACGUACCACCACCUCCUGAUGAUAGUAUCUUGUCUUCUGAAAGUCGCCUGCGUGGAGACUCUGUCAGCAGCUCAGGCACAACAGGUACUGCGAGCACAUUCACACAAUCUAGUGCAAGCGACUCACCAUGGCCUCCAACGCCCCACUCCUCUGGCGCCAGUCCUCUAAUUGUAUCCCGUUCCGUGGACACAGACACCGGCAUACACAUGGGCAUAGACGCACUCCCUAUAUCCCCACGUGUUCGCAGAACGCCUUCAAGUCUUGACAUGCCCUCAAUAUCCUCACGAGCAGAGGUAGAAGCGCUUGUUCAGCGGGCGCAGCAGUCUGUACUUGAUAUGGCUAUUGAUUUGGAGGAGAAUACAAGGAGGGAUCAAGGGACUGGACGGACGCCUUUGAGCUUGAGGUUGGCAAUGUUUGGGGAGAGUUUGGCUAUUGAGAGGAGGAUGAAAGAGGAAGAGGAUGCUGUUGGAAGAGGGGUGAUGGUUGCUAAUACAGGGACGACACCUGUCGGGAACAGCUUAGGUGUGGGUGAGAGGUCUUUGUUGUCGAGCAGUAGACCUCGGGCCAUGGAGUUGGAUUUUUCGAGGAGCAGCAGUAGGAGUGGUGCAUCCAGCGAGGACACGUCGCUGCAACACAGUACGCGGAUAGCACCGGACGAAAUCAGACGGACAGCGUCUGUUGAUUUCAGGCGGACGAUGUCAGAUUCGCCCUUCGCCGGCAUCUCUCGAACUUCAGACAACACCCGACGUACACGUAGUCCUCUCGUCGCAUCACGACACCUGCCCCUCUUGCACCACGACCCGAACCGGCAUCCACAUUCUCCGCUCCCCAGUCCACACACGCAAUCAUUCGAGACAUCCACGUAUACGCCACCGCGGUCGCGUACGCCUGACUCAUGCGAUACAUACAUAGAUGAAGAUACAGAACUGACAGGUUUGGGUAUUGGUUUGGGUAUGGGCUUGGGUAUACCGCUCUCGCGCAUCUCGACAGCUCCCACUCACACUGGACGCAUACCCACGAUGCGGAACGCAGCGACGACACACGAUGCAUCAACGACGCGUAACUUAUCACCAUCUAAACGUAACCCAACGAUGGCACGCAACGCAUCGCCAGCGACACGGACCACAUCAUCUUCAGGACCACGUGAUAUAUCAUCAACGCCAGCAACACGGAGCGUGAAUAAAUUAUCCCGGAUGGGAUUCUCGACAUUGGAGGGGUGGCAGCCAGCGUCGAUAACGACGGGUUCGCCGCCUACGAAGCAGAGAUUUGGGGGGAUACGGACGAUUGUUAGGGGGUUUCAGGGGAAGUAGGCGUGUGCCCUUGAUUCCUAUAUUUCGCACUGGACUUGGACUCGGACUCGGGUACCUCGUCGUUCUCUAUGCAUAUGCCUGGCAGGCUUUCAUUGAUGGCCAGAGCUUACUUAUUAGACGCUGUGUUGUGUGUUUUCUGCGCGUUUUGUUUUCUUGCAUUUUGACAUGUAUUAUCCAUCGUUGUUGUCGCCAUUGUUUUUAUUAUUGUUGUUGUAGUAUGCUGCUUGUGAUAACUUGGGUUUCGUUGACAUUGUAACAUAUGCACUUUUUGAUACCUGUUUGUAAUUUUAUUGAUAUGAUCUUAUGGGC